GACUGGCAACCCUGAAACCAGGCGCACACACCUAUUCGCGUGCGCUGAGCAGCGAAGACAGGAGGAAGAGAGGGGAGGAAAGUGGCGGCGCGGCCCGUGCUCUCGUGUUGAGGCGGCGGACCCACAGGACUCUCGUCAAUCCGUCCCUGCGCUUCCUUCACCGGCGCGGUGUGCGGGUCCCAGGCGGGCGAGCCGCCGCAGCCGCGCGAGUGCACACGGGUCCGUGUGCCAGUGCGAGGCGGCAGCGCGGGCAGAGGCGGGCGCAGUCUGGCGGCGGGCCGCAGGGUGGCGCUCCCGGCCAAGGCGUCCCCGAACGGCUGCGAGCGGGGAGGCGGACGAGCCCGGCCCGGCCCUGCCUAGCCCAGCCCAGGCCGGCCGGGCAGAAACGAAGGCGGAGAUCGGCAGUGAGCGGUGCCCCGUGCCAUCGGUUGCCGGACCGCGGCAGCCGCUCUUCGGAUUGCGCAGCCGGACGCGGAGAGAAGCAGGAGGGAGGGAGGGCGGGCGGCCGUCAGCCGCUGCGCCGCGCGGCUGCCGGGCGCCGCUUUCCGCGGAGGACUGCGCGGGCGAUCCGCGAGACGGAGGCUGUCCCGGACCGACCCGACAUGGCUCUCGCAAGGCAAGUGCUUUGUCUCUCUGCUUUCCUGUCCCUGCCGCACGCUCGCUCCCAGCCCCUGCGCUACUCCGUAGCCGAGGAGGGGGAGAGCGGCUCGGUGGUAGGCAACGUGGCGGAGGACGCGGGGCUGGCCCCGGCGCAGCUCUCGGCUCGCCGCGCCCGCCUGGCCUCGGAGGACGGCCGGCAGCACUUUCGCUUAGAGCGCGGCAUCGGCCGCCUGCUCGUGGCGGAGAGGCUGGACCGGGAGGAGCUGUGCGGGCAGGCCGCUACCUGCACGCUGCCCUUCGAGCUGGUGCUGGUCAACCCUCUGCAGUUCUUGCGUGUGGAGGUGACCGUGGAGGACAUUAAUGACCAUGCGCCCGUUUUCCCGGAGGAACAAAUUACUUUUAAGAUCCCGGAAAGGAACGACCCGGGCUCGCGUUUCCCAUUGGUGGGGGCUCAGGACCUGGAUAUUGGCAGCAACAGCAUUCAGGCUUACAGCAUCUCUCCCGAUAACGAAUACUUUAAUGUCUCUUUUGGGAUUCGUAGUAACGGUGACAAAUAUGCGGAACUGGUCUUGGAAAAGUCACUAGACAGAGAGGAGCAGUUGGAGAUGGGAUUCAGACUCAUUGCGAUGGAUGGGGGCUCUCCACCCAGGAGUGGGACCACACAAAUCCACAUUAUUGUUCUAGAUGUAAAUGACAAUGCACCAGUCUUCACGCAAGAUCGGUAUGUUGGGAAGGUUUUGGAAAACGCACCAGAGGGCUCUGUGGUUCUCAGUGUGGUAGCAACUGAUCUGGAUGUUGGACCUAAUGGGGACAUCUCCUAUCAGUUCAGCCAAGUGGUGAGCCAGAGUGACUCAGCAUUUGUCAUUGACCAUGUGAGUGGUGAAAUUAAAAUCACAAAGCCUCUGGACUUUGAGGCUGCAGAGAGAUAUGAACUCAGUGUGCAGGCCACAGAUGGUGGUGGCCUGUCAGCAAUCUGCAAGGUGUUGGUGGAGGUGGUGGAUGUGAAUGACAAUGCACCUGAGCUCGUGGUCAGUACCUUCAGCAACCCCCUCCCUGAGAACACAUUACCUGGGACAGUGGCUGCUGUCUUUAAUGUCAGGGACAGGGAUGCUGGAGCCAAUGGGAAGAUCUCCUGUGCCCUUGAGGAUCAGCUGUCAUUCUCCCUGCGUCCAGCUUAUAAGAAUUACUAUGAGCUGGUGACUGUGAGCACGUUGGACCGGGAAGAGACUGCACAGUACAUCCUCAUUGUUACAGCAACUGACGCAGGGUCACCUCCUCUCACAACCACCCAGACCUUCACAGUGGACAUCUCUGAUGUGAAUGACAAUUCACCUGUUUUCAGCCAGAUAUCGUACACCAUGUAUGUGCGUGAGAAUAAUGUCCCCACAGUGCUUGUUGGAGCUGUGAGUGCUGCAGAUGCUGACACAGGGUCCAAUGCCAAGGUGACCUAUUCCCUGUUACCAGCCCACCCCACAGAGCAGCCUCCAUGCUCCUGCAUCUCUGUGAACUCUGAGAAUGGGGAUGUGUUUGUGCUGCGGCCUCUGGACUAUGAGCAGGUGAAGCAGAUCGAGGUCUUGGUGAGUGCCUCUGAUGCUGGGUCUCCUGCCCUCAGUUCCAACGUCACUGUACACCUUGUUGUGGUGGAUGAGAAUGACAAUGCACCACUGGUCCUGUACCCCUCACAGGACAGCAGCCCUCUGUCCUGUGAGCUGGUGCCCAUGUCAGCUGAAGCAGGGUACCUUGUCACCAAAGUGGUGGCUGUCGAUGCUGACUCGGGGCAGAACUCAUGGCUCUCGUACCACCUGCUGAAGGUCACUGACCCCGGGCUGUUUGUGGUGGGUGCCCAAAGUGGGGAGGUGCGGCUGAGGAGGCCCGUGACAGAGAGAGAUGCUGUGAAGCAGAAGCUCAUUGUUCUGGUGCGAGACAAUGGGCAACCACCACUGUCAGCCACAGCGUCACUGAGUGCUCUCCUGAUCAAUGACUUCUCAGACGUGCGGAUAACACACAGCAGCCUGGCUAUGGAGGAUGAGGGUGAUUCCCUAACAAUGUAUUUGAUAAUUUCAUUGGUCUUUGUUUCACUCUUCUUCCUCGCUUCUAUGGCAGCCUUCGUCACUCACAAGGUGUGCAAGGGAAAGGAGCUGAAGGGUGGGCAUGUGCUUUAUGGUGCUGGAAACUUGCAGGGUGGCCUGGCUGAUGCAGUUGCUGCAGGGACCCUGCCCCACCCCUAUUGCUAUGAGAUCAGCCUCACAACAGGCUCAGGCAACAGUGAGUUCAAAUUCCUGAAGCCUAUCCUCCCCAGCCUGCCACCACAGCACUGCACCACAGGUGGGGUCACUGGUGAUGAACAGGAUUUCACCUGUGGCUCUAUCACCCUGGAGGAUUUGGCACCAGCCCACCCAGGGGUGCUUUCUGCAGAGCAGUUCAAUAGUCUUUAGUUUGGAGUCAGCACUCCCAGAGUUUUCAGGCAUUGUGAUAGGAAGGGAUGUAGGUUUCAACAUGUGGCAAUGUUUCCUCCAGAGUAAAUCCGCAUUUGCAAUUUACAACAUUGAUUUCCCUCAGAUUUUUAGUCAGGUGAAAACUUGUUUCCCCCUCAGAAGAAGAAACAGAAUCAUCUAAGGGCUCCCUCAGACAGUUAGUAAUAUGUUCCAGUUCUCUUGGAGCCAUUUCUGAAAUAUUUCAAGAGUGAAGUUAGUUCCAGGCCCCCAGCUGAGUUCUUGGUUUUCUGUUAGGCAAGACAGUGGCCCUCUUCUGUGCUGUAAGACUGUGGCACAGUCAUGCAGACCGGUUACCUGCUCACUGAAAUACACGUAGUCCUUCUGCUGGAUUGUGUUACAAUACAAGUCAAGCACGGGGCUCUUUCUACUCUGGAUUCUGGAUGUUUUUGUUUCUGGGAUGAAUGCCCUGUGUGUUUUGCCUUGUGGUCACUAUGUCUGUCCGUACAGAUUUUGUGUGUCUGCAUACGCUGCCCUAGGGCUGCCUGUUGAAGCAGGGAGUUGCUCACAUUCAACCACUCUGAUGCACAGAGCUCCAGCUCAUCAGGCAAGAAAGGUAUUUUGAUGCACGUAAAAAGGUAGUUCCAGCUUCUCCAGUGGAGAGCAGCACCAUGCAGAAUGAGACUUUGCUUUGGCACAUGAAAGGAGGGUGGGCGGGAGGGCUUUCUCCUUGGAAUUGCCUUGAAAUUACAGCAGCACAAAUAAUGUUGGUAGAGACUGUAACUGUACAGAAUGGUGAAGAACCAUUCUUUGUCUCUGAGUGCAUUGUAAGGAAACUCCAUGAGUCACCUCAAAGGAGUUUGUCCAAAGGUAGAAUCAGAUGAUGUUGGAAAGGGUCCUUGAGUUUGGUCCUGUCAUUGUUGUUCCUGAAUGCAGAGUCUUCUUGAUGGGACUGGAAAGGUAUCUUGAGAUGAUUUGCAGGAUUUGUGUAAAGCUUUUUGCAUUCUCCUUUUUGCCCUUUCUCCUUCUUUGUGAGCUGUGUUUGAGUAUUAUCUUACUUAUUCCUCAUAAGAAGGAGUGUCACCGCAUCUAUAGUAACAGAGUGUGAGAGAAUGCAGUGUGGCAUGGAAUAUUUGGAAACCAUUGUACUGUGUUGUGUUGCACUUAUAAACUGUACCAUUAUUAACCAUGAUACUGUUGUGUGUAAAUUGAAAUAAAGAGGACCUUCAAUUC